GUGACUUCCAUGAAAUUGACAAGUGAGCUGCUGCUGCCGCCACCGCGAGUGCGGGACUCCCAGGCUCUGCCUCCCGGAGGCUGCGGCCGCGGCCGGAUCCGGGAAGAAGAGGCGGCUCCUCCCCGGAGGCUGGGGAAGCACAGAGAGCGUGCGAGCCGCUGCAGCCAGGUGCAGGCUGCCGGGAUGCCCCGGGCCGGAGUUUCCCCCUAGCGAGGCUGGGGACAGGAGUGCGCUGGCAGGGGCCGGGGUGCGGGGAGCGUGGCUGCUCUUUGGGCUCCCGCCGCGGCCCCGGCCGCUCAGCAGCUCCCGGGAUGUCGCUCGGUGUCCCGGCUUCGGGCAGCGUCCUGCAGCGAAGCGCCUCUUCCGAUGGGAAUCAGCCGCAGAGUCCUGAAGAGGAUGAUAGGAAGAUAAGACGGAGAGAAAAAAACAGAGUCGCUGCCCAGAGAAGCCGGAAGAAACAAACGCAGAAAGCAGACAAACUCCAUGAGGAAUAUGAGUGCCUUGAACAAGAAAAUACCUCCCUGAAAAGAGAGAUUGGGAAGCUAACAGAUGAGAUGAAACACCUGAGCGAGGUGUUGAAGGAUCAUGAAAAGAUCUGUCCUUUAUUGCACUGCUCCAUGAACUUUGUGACCAUACCCAGGCCUGAUGCCCUCACCAGUUGCCUGCCAAGAUGAGAGCUCCUCCUUAUUGCCUUUAAAUGCUGGUUAUUGUUGCACGUAAAUGGGAGAGAUUUAAAGAUCCAGUUUCUUUUUUUCACCACAAUGCAGGUAUAUCCCUCUUGCAGAGGGAUGGACUUUAUCAAAUAGGCCUUUACAUCUCUAAAUCCUCUGAAUAUCAAAAAGGUCAGUGUGGGGAGAACAAGACUGAGCUACAAUUUAUUUUCUAGAACCUGUAAUACACUGUUUCAUGUUCAUAAAUGGCAAAAUAUGAUACAAUCUGCUUUUACAGGAUGGAAACUCUGGAGAAAAAUAGCGGUAUAGGCUAGAAUCUGAUUUACCCCACACUCUGCUGGCUAUUAUUUCUGAGUUGUUAGAUUGUCAUCCAUAGAUCUUAUAUAUAUAAUAUUCUGGCUGCUCAUUUUUUGUUUACACUGGGGUUUGGCUAAUAAAAUCAAUGUGCUCUUUUUAUCUUUAUGGUGUCCCCCACCUUCUUCAAUAUCCAAUGCCUUUCGAACACCUUUACAUCUGCUCAUUUGUCAAAUCCAAAGUCUAAUGCUAAUCUCCCUGCUUUCAGUGUGCCUUAUUAUUUGCUGAUCACCAGCUUCAGGAUGUUUGAAAAGCUUUAUUGAUUUCCCUUCUGAAGCUUGUGUAACAACUGAGUGUAGAUCAUCUUCACUUCCCUAAUCACCCAAGCCAUCAAUCCUCAAAGAGUUUUAUUCUCAUUCUUGCAUGAAGUGUGCCCACUUUCCAAGGAGUAAAUGCAGAACAGGCAGUUUGGGGUCCAGAUUCAUCCCAGGAGCAAAGCCACUGUAGCCAGUGGAAUUCUGCCAGAGGGAAUUCCCUUUGGGUUUUUUUGUUUUGUGGUUUGUUUGUAUGUUUUGUAAUUUACUAGUUGUCCUUUUCCCCAUUAUCCAUUACACAUCUAGAGCUAGAUUCACCAGGGAGACUUAGGUGCCUAACUGCCACUUUACGUGCCUAAGCCCAACAUUUAGGUGCCACUAGCAUUCACCAAAUCCCCAAGGUGCCUACAUUUUGGCACCUGGUGUGCACAGCUGCCUCAAUCCUGCCCCCAUCCAGCAGCUCAGUGCUUAACUUUCACCUAAGCCCCAGCAGGACUUAUCAAGUAGGCAAUCCCCUGUCUAUGUUGCCUUUGGGGCCUGAUCCCAUAGGUGUACUGAUAGCAUGCCUAAACCUGCGCAAAAGAUGCCAGAGGAGAUGGUGGUGGUGUCCCCCUUUUGCCCAAUAGCUCAGUGGUUAGAGCACUCACCCAGGAUGUGGGAGACGUAGGUUCAAAUUACUGCUGUACUGCCUCCUGUCUCCACAGGGAAGUUGGUGGUAUGGUCGGUAGAUAAAAGCUUGGCUACAGGAUGAAGGAGACCUGCCUGACUUUUCAGCCGCUGAAGCACCAGUUGGCUGCAAUGUGAGCCUCCUUCCAGCAGGGGAUCCCUUGCACAGUCUGACCAGAAUUACAGGUAUCUAGAAUAGAGCACUGCUUGGGAGGGAGUUGGCAACUGAGGAGUAAGAGGCCUAGAGCUGAAGCUGCCUGAUCCCAGGUUUUCCUGGACGUGACCUCUUUUUUGGUAGCCCACCCUCUGUCCGGGCAGAUUUUUCAAAUAAGAGGCAGUGUCCAGGAUUGUUCGUUGUGGAGCAGAGGUUGCAGCUCAGAGAGAGCCAUCUCCAUGCCCCGAUUGGUCCCUCCCCUGCAUCCACAGAUGCCAGAUCCUGCCUGCCCUAGCCCAGCCUGCCAGGUAAGUGGAGCCACGAAGCGCCUCUUGGCUGGGCCACCUGCCCCGCCGCGGGGCCUCAGAACCUGUCUGGGAGGGGUGACAGGACCAGGCUUUGGUUCCCUGCCAUAGACAGGCUGGCACUGUGUCCCGGGCCUGGGCCAGCCUCCCCGCCACUGUGAUAGGGAGCACGACACUGCCCCCCCACCUCGACAAUGAGGCCUCAGGUACCCCUUCCAACAUCUCCCAGGUACCCCUUCGAGUACACACACACCUCUCCAGCACCCCCAAAAAAACCCAGUACACAUGCACUCCCCAUAUACCCCUUCCAGCACAUACACCCCUCCAGCACCCCCCUCCAGUACACACACCCCUCCAGCACCCUCCCAAACCCACUCCCAGUACACGUACACCCCUCCAGUACCCCAAAUACCCCUUCCCAGUAUACACACUCCUCCAGCACUCCAAAUACCCCCUUCAUCACCCCCAAAUACCCCCUCCCAGUACACAUAAACCCCUCCAGCAUCCCCAAAUCCCCUUCUCAGUACACAUGCCCCUCCAGCACCUCCAAAUACCCCCUCCCAGUACACACACACUCCAUCCAGCACUCCCAAAUCCCCCUCCAGCUCCUCCUUCCCCUCCCCACCCCCCCAAAGGUGUCCUCUAGUUGUGAACUUGAAAUAUACUAACCCUAUGUCCAGGUAAAGCCCCCACCCCCACUCUUGCUCCCCAGCAACACUAGCUUGUGUUCAGCAAUCACCCAGAUACAAAUUAGCAGGAACUCUGAUUUUAAAAGCCAAAUUAAAGAGUCAGGCUAUGGAUCUAGCUCAGCCACACACACCAAAAUAGAUCAAGGCAUCAUUUUUGAAUUGUUUCUGCUCAUUUGAAUAACAAUGAAGUAGUAAUGGGCUGCUUCGUUUUUUCUCUUUGAUACACUGUCAAAAAGCAGAGAUGUUUAUAAAAGGACAUUAUAAUUGAACAUUUUAGGCUUCCUUUGGCAUUUAUUUUACUAUGGAAUCUAGAAAUAGAAUAAUAGAGUCAUACAAAUGUAGGGCUGGAAGGGACCUCAACAGGUCAUCCGCAGUACCCCAUAUGCUGAGGCAAGGCCAAGUAUACUUAGACUGUCCCUGACAGGUGUUUGUCCAAACUGUUCUUAAAAACCUCCAGUGAUGGGGAGUCUACAAUCUCCUUAGAACUAUUAUGUUCAUUAUGUAAAGAGCAAAAGGCACAAUAAGUGGCAGACCAAAUGGACUAUUUUUCCAGCUCUGUCACCAAAGUGUGUAUGAUAUUAUUGAUGUUGAUGCAUCAUCCUUAUAUUUAAUAAUAGAGUGGUAACUUACCAAAAUUUUUGGUGCCCAAUAUUCAAAGGCUUUUGGGCAUCUUAACAAUAAUUAGUUAAAAUGAACAACGUUCCACAAAUAAAUUCAAUAUUGCUGUCUGUUUAUAGUUAGUUUGACGUUUGAGUCCACGCAUGGCAAGAAGAGAGCUGAGGUAAUAAAGCAGAGUCUCACAUAGGAUAAAUAAAAAGAUCAACAUUGGGGCUGCAGUGAUUACAAAAACCGAAUGAACUGUUCAUGAGGUAUAGGUUUGUAAUGUAUUUAAAAACAGAAAUUUAUUCUAGAGGCUGGGAUAAUCGGAUUGUUACAAUACAACAAGGAAGACGAACAGAAAGGAAAAGGUUCCUUUGUAAACUAAGCAACAAAAAUAUCUUUAUCAAAUCCAAACCUCCCCCUUUGGAGCAGACUAACACACCAUUGCAAUAUAUAUUCUAAAUCUGUGUAUGUGCUAAAAUGUCCUGUCCUAGCUAGUCAUGUCCUAGCUUUCGAAAACUUCCAAAAAACUUGAUUUGUUCCCUCUGAAUUUGAGCUAUUUUUUUUCUGAUGUACGGUAUAUGUGAGGGAUGCGUAGUAAGUGGGAGCUGUGUUGUCUUCAGUUGUAUGGCACAUAUGAGUGUUACCAUGUAGUCAUAGCCUUGUUAUAUAUGGAUGUACAAUACAUGUGAGUUUGACUGUGGUUUUCAAAUACAUAGUGAAGUUUGCCAUCUGUCCAGA